GCGUUGUGCGCUGUGGGAAGCUUGUGGGUUCCUGCGCCGCGUGCCCACACCCUGCGCGCCGUGCGGUGUGGCUCCGCAGUGCGUGCGUCACUUUGUGUCCUGGCCUCUGAUUGACAGCGUCAGCGCGCGGACUCACAGCACCGACCAUGAGCAGCACCGUGUUCCAGCAGCAGGCUGCCCACAGCCCUCUGGACCAGCAGAAACCAGGAGGAGGUCCGGUCACCUGUCAGAACUGUGGGAAGCCCUGCAAAGGAGAGGCGCUGCGGGUCCAGAACAAACAUUUCCACAUCAAGUGCUUCAUCUGUAAAGUGUGCGGCUGUGAACUGGCUCAGGGUGGCUUCUUUGUCCGUCAGGGGGAUUAUGUCUGUACUCUGGACUACCAGCGGCUCUAUGGAACUCGCUGCUUCAGCUGCCAGGAGUUCAUCGAGGGUGAGGUUGUCUCUGCCCUCGGAAAGACCUACCACCCCCGCUGCUUCGUCUGCGCCUCCUGCAAGCAGCCAUUCCCAGCAGGCGACAGAGUUACUUUUAAUGGGAAGGAGUGUAUUUGCCAAAACUGCACCCAGCCCCUUCCUGCCAACAGCCCCGCUCCCCCGCAGGCCGUCCACAACUGCUGCGGCUGUGGGAAGGACUUUCAGAAUGAGCAGUCUCUGGUGGCGCUGGACAAACACUGGCACCUGGGCUGCUUCAAGUGCAAAGUCUGCAACAAGGUGCUCAAUGCUGAGUACAUCAGCAAGGAUGGAAUCCCCUACUGCGAGAUGGACUAUCACGCCAUGUUCGGCAUCCAGUGUGAGAACUGCAAGAAGUACAUCACUGGGAAAGUCCUGGAGGCUGGAGAGAAGCACUACCACCCAUCGUGUGCACGCUGCACUCGCUGUGAGCAGAUGUUUGCAGAGGGAGAAGAAAUGUACCUGCAAGGAUCUUCUAUCUGGCAUCCUCCGUGCAGACAAGCAGCCAAACAGGAAGAGAGGAGUAAGGUAACACGCACAUCGUCUGAGAGCAUCACAUCGGCGCCGGCGUCCAGCACCUCAGGCUCGCCCAGCAGAGUCAUCUACGCCAAACUGGGAGAAGAGAUGCUUGACUACAAGGACCUGGCAGCUCUUCCAAAGACCAAGGCCAUCUACAACAUCGACAGACCCGACAUGCUGUCCUACUCACCCUAUGUCAGCUACCCCUGUGAGGAGCAGCACUACGGAGAGGCCAACGAUGAGAGGUCGCCCCGUCAGCGGAGGCCCUCCAGUCCCAGCUCCAACAUCUCCAUGGGGGGUUAUGGACGUUACACACCGUCCCGUUCCCCCCAGAACUACAGCCGAGCAGGACCAGAUGUUCACCUAACCACCAAUGACCCUCGACCCCUACUCUUGCCCCAUGUCCUGGAGGGAGGUGUAAGGUACCCCUUGUCCUCCUCAUCCUCCCUCCCCAUUCAAGGUUCAGGUGGGAUGGAAGGUAGUGGCAAACGCUCCCCCACACCAGCAGGUGGCAGUGGAGGUUUGUAUUUACACCUGAACCCCACCACCCUGGCCAUGCUCCAGCAGCACAACUUCGUCCCAUUCUUCAGAGCCCCAGGGUUCAACCCGGACCCCCUCAAUGACCCUAAACCUAGGAUAUCCCUACACCUCACGUUACCUCCAGCUAAUGGAAGUGAAAGUGGUCACAGCACCCCCAGCUUGUCCACCUUCUCCGACGGAAAGUCACCGUGUUCCGCCUCUACCUAUGUGGCUGCUCCUCGCCACUUCCACAUACCGGAGACUAUGGUCAAAGAUAAUCUCUAUAGAAAACCCCCCAUCUACAGACAGCAUGCUUCCAGGACAUCGUGGCAGGACGGGGACGACACUAAGAGGACCAGCUGGAUGAUCCUGAAGAGUGAGAUCGAUGGACAAAUGGGUCCAGAAGACGAGGACCCGUGCACAUCCACCUGCAGCCUGCCCACUGACACCGCCCAGCCACAUUUUCCGUACAGCAAGUCAGCUUCGUUGCCCGGCUAUGGAAGGAAUGGCAUCUUCAAGGCUGCAGAGAUGGCUGAGGAUGAAGUGAACCCUGACUGUCAGAGCUGGGGGGGCACCAGAGAGUUCAAGGUCUACCCCUAUGAAAUACUUGCAGUCACCCACAGAGUCAAGGUCAAGCUUCCCAGAGAUGUAGACCGCACCAGGCUGGAGAGACAUCUGUCUCCUGAGGACUUCCAGCAGGUGUUUGGCAUGACCCUGGAGCAGUUUGACCGCCUGGCUCUUUGGAAGAGGAAUGAUCUGAAGAAGAAAGCACGCCUGUUUUAGCAGAAUGAAGG